CACCACCACAAUCAUCAUCUACACACAUCACACGGCAUGGGCAGACCAGAAAUGAACAACAUGGACAAGAUUGAGGCCAACAUCGGCGAGGACCAGCGGCUGAGCGACUCGAUCCGCGAGCUCGAUUACGCGCCACUCGACUUGGCGACGGCGCGCUCGGCUGACGCGAAAGCCAAGAGCCAGCUCAUGGCCAAGAAGGGCGAGUUGGCGAAGCUCGAUGCGGUAGUCAAGGACAAGUACAAGACAUGGCAGUCGUCGCAGUCAUCGACGUCGACACGCAUCUUCACCAAGAUUCGCCACCCAAAUACGCACGACCAGGUGCUCGCCAAGCGGAUACAGCACGAGCAGAACGAGUACGAGAUGGUGUUCAACGAGCAGCAGGAGGUGCAGGGCGAUAUCAAGGUGCUUGAAGACCGGCUCGGCAAGCUCUCCGACGAGAUUGGCACCUUGACACAAGUGACGGCGCGGCAUACCGAGCUCCGGAGCCAGCGCUUAGCCCUGCACGCGCACGUGUUUGAUGGACCGACGCCACAGUACCCGGAGGAAGACGCGCAGGAGAACGUGGUCAAUGCGACGCAGCACCAUCAAGGCGAGGUCGAAGCACUACUGGCCCACGAGCGGGAGGUCCUCGGCAUGCUCAACAGGGCACUCGAGUGCUCCGAACGCGCCGAGCGCCAGUUCCGCAAGGCGCGGCGAGCGGCCCGAGACAGUGAAAACCACUCGCGCAUAGCCCGCCACAGCCACAAGGCGGAGGAGAACCACGCCGAGGCGCGCAUCCUCCUCGACCGCGCCGCGAGCCAGCAGCCGCGCCUGCCCCGGUUCUACGGCGACCUGCCCAGCGGCGGGUACCGCUCAGCGCGGGGAUACAGCGACAAGAUGUACUUCUGCCAGAAGCUCGUCCAGCACAACGUCAUGAUGAUCAACGUGUCGGUUGCCGACGCCGCCGUUUACGAGGCCGACAUUGCGGCGACCAAGCAGCGCCUGGCGGACGCCACUGUGCUGCUGGAGAGCAUUCGCUGCCGCAUCAUGGACGAGCGGGCUGGCGCGCGGGGGCUCGGCCCCGCACCGCCUUUGUAUGAGAGUGGCGAGGGUUUGAGGGCGUAG